CUCCAGGGCUUAUCUUCUGAUUGAGCUCUGCUUUGUGUAACCGGCCAACCAGCUGCUGCAGAAAAACAUCACAGCGAGUACAUAAGUCCUGCUUCCUCCGAGUCGACACCCUCCAGUCGGUUUCUCUGCAGAGACGACGGCUGGACAUUAAACUACGAGCUCAAUCUGAAGACCUGUCUCACGAAAUGUAUCGACCGACCUUGUUGGUGCUUGCAGCGCUGCUCUACUCUGCAGCUUUGGUGAAUGGAGGGAAGGUCUUGGUGUUCCCUGUGGAUGGAAGUCACUGGAUCAACAUGAAGGUCAUUAUCGAGGAGCUUCACUCCAGAGGUCAUGAAGUCACCGUGUUGCGCCCGUCAGAUGCCUGGUAUGUCAAAUCAGAUUCCCCUCACUACAAGUCCAUCACGGUGAAUGCUUCAGUGGGUUUCGAUAAGGACAACUUUGGCCAAUUUGUAACAAGAACACUGGAGAUGCGACGGCAAGGGGCAUCAUUUUGGACUCGUAUGGCUCUGGAGAUUGACCUGGUGAAAGAGUUCUGUGAGAUGAACAGGGUGUUGCUUGAAAUGAUGGAGGAAAUAUUUGCAGAUGACAAACUGAUUCAGAGCCUCCGUGAUGCCAAGUACGAUUUGGUCCUGACGGACCCUGCAAACGGUGGAGGAGUUCUUCUGGCUCACCGUUUGGGUCUUCCACUAGUCCUUAAUGUGAGAUGGACUGUUCAGGGUGAAGGGCAUCAAGCAAUUGCACCUACUCCACUAUCCUAUGUCCCCAUACCUGGGUCAGAGUUGACUGACAAGAUGACUUUCACCGAGCGGGUCAAGAACAUGCUGUUCUUUGUCUUCACACGUUUACAGAUUUGGUACGUGACAGACCCAAAUUACACCCCGUUUGUCCAUCGCCACUUCGGUCCGGACGUCCACUACAUGGAGCUGUUCCAGUCGGCCGACAUCUGGCUCAUGAGGAAUGACUUCACCUUCGAGUGGCCACGACCCACCAUGCCCAACGUCGUCUACAUGUCGGGAUUCCAGUGCAAACCCGCCAAGCCCCUGCCCAAAGAACUGGAGGAUUUCGUUCAGAGCGCCGGCGAGCACGGAGUCAUUGUGAUGACACUGGGGACCCUGGUGGAAAAACUUCCUGAGGACAUAACAGAGGACAUCGCUGCUGCCUUCGCACAGCUUCCCCAGAAGGUGAUCUGGAGGCACAAAGGCAAAAGACCGUCCACGCUGGGAAACAACACCUUAAUGUUGGACUGGUUGCCCCAGAACGACCUCCUGGGUCACCCUAAAACCAGGGUGUUCGUGGCACACGGAGGCACCAACGGCAUGCAGGAGGCCAUCUACCAUGGCGUCCCCCUGGUCGGACUGCCGCUCAUGUUCGACCAACCCGACAACUUCUUCAGGAUGAAAGCCAGAGGCGUGGCCAAAGUCCUCGACUUCGCAACAGUAAACAGAGACAACUUCCUGGAGGCGCUGAAGGAGGUCCUGUACCAACCGUCCUACAGGGAGAAGAUGAAGGUUCUGUCCAGCCUGCAGCGAGAUCAGCCCAUGAAGCCGCUGGACCGGGCCAUGUUCUGGAUCGAGUUCGUCAUGAGGCACAAAGGAGCGGCCCACCUAAGGACAGAGUCUUACAAGAUGUCCACAAUCCAGUACCACUCCAUCGAUGUGGCGGCGUUCCUGCUGGCAGUUGUUUUGCUCGUAUUUACCAUUUUUAUUGCUGCAGUCAAGUUUCUCUUGCGAAGGUUAUUUGGCCAAAACAAAGUCAAAAAAGAAUGAUAUUUAUAAUCUGAGUGCGUAUUUUGAAUACAAAUAGUUCUGAUAUUUUCUAAUGAUCACAUCUAAACGGGUCAGGUUAAUCAGCAGGAUCUCAAAUCUGCGUUUCCACCAGUCAACUCUGCAUUGCCUUCACUAUACUGUUAUGCUAACUUACAUACUGUUUGAAUUUUACUGCUAGCUAUAUAUGGAGUAUGUUUAAUGUCAGAGCCGUACAUCAUAAGAGUAAAUUAUGAGUCAGUUUUCAAUGUUAGCUUAUACUUUGUCUGUGUCACAUAUCCUGUCAUGCAUGUAUCCAAAUGUGUGUUGUGUUUUCCUUGCUUUCCCACCCCUCCCUCUUCUCCCAUCCCUCCCCCUUGCCCUCCUCUGUCCUUCUCAACCCGCCCGGCCAGCAGGCAGAUGGGUCCCCCCUAUCAGCCCGAUCUCACGAGGAUUCGUGAAACUGUCACGUAAAUUUUUGUUUCGGCUUCGUGCGCACCAACACGAUUUCGUCAUGUUUUUCGUGCCGCUCACCACGAAAUGCGCACCAAUGUAUUUUAAACGGCGGACUUUUCGUGCCACUCAGAACGUAUUUCAAAAGAAUGUGUAUAUUAUAUCUUUAAUGUAAAACCGUGGCGAAUCCAACGCUAUAUUUUUCAUGACAUCGUCCCUAAACAUAACCCUAACCAUAACCUAACCAUAACCUAACCAUAAGCCGGUGGUACACUUACCAAUUUGCAUAGGAAUUUCAAGAAUGUCCGGCGGCCGGCAGCCGCAAACGCGAUCACACAAGCAGUAUACGCUGAUGGACAGCUUAGAUCGUCAUGAAUCCGCCGGUAUAAACCACUUUCAGAUGUGAUUACCACAGCGAAAAACAUUUCGUGGUGAGCGGCACGAAAAACAUGACAAAAUCGUGUUGGUGCGCACGAAACCGAAACUAAAACUUACGUGACAGUUUCACGAAUCCCCGUGAGACCGGGUUGCCCCUAUAUAGAGCCGGGUUCUGCUCGAGGUUUCUUCCCUGUUAAAAGGGUGUUUUUCUUGCCACUGUCGCCUUUGGGCUUGCUCUGGGGGUCAGGCAUAUGGGUUCUGUAAAGCGUCUUGAGACGAUUUGACUGUAAUUGACGCUAUAUAAAUAAAAUUGAAUUGAAUUGAAUUGAAUUGUAAAAGUGAAAAUACGAUCUGGUGAAAAGUGCGAACUUGAGGGAAACAAAUCAGGAAGUUUUAUGGAAUAAUUUUGUCACAGCGUUCUUCCUAUUGCUUUAAAUUACUGCAAAUAAAGUACAUUUUGUAAGAAAUGG